AUGGACUCGUUGACCUUCGAAGUGCAGAGUCUGUUUUACCAGAGCGCCUACCGUGGAUGCAUAGCUCUUGCUCAAAUGCAUAGCCCAUCGGGCCCCAUCGAUGACGAAAGUCUUCUGCGACUUGUGUAUGCCGCCCGAUCCGCGCUGGCACUGGGUGAUAUCCCAGGGGCUCGUCAGCUGUUGGGUGAUGAUGCAGAGCAGCCCGUGGCUAUGUCUGUGCUUCUUCUUGCCGAUUUCAUGGAGAUGCACCAUGCCGGUGAUGAGGAGGGUAGUGCUGACGUGCUGGAGCAAAUGGCUACGCUGCUCGACGUUGUGGAGCCCGGUGAGUUGGCCAGUGAUAUUGUCCGUUACAACGUUGGACUGGCUCUCUAUACCAAAGGGGAUUCUACCAAAGCCCUAGAGACUCUGGGCGUUACAGGCACUGGUGGCAGUACGAAGCUGGAGUGCAUCUCGUUAGGUGUGCACAUUCUCUUGGCUAUUCAUCGUGUAGAUUUGGCGGAGAAGGAGUACUUGGCAGCCCGGCAGUGGGGCGACGACUCCGUGCUUGUACAGUACAUGGAGGCAUGGAUCGGUCUCGUACGAGGUGGUCGUUCCACACAGCAAGCGUUCUAUGUAUACGACGAAAUGAGCCAGAGCUCCACCAUCGCCAACACACAAAACAUGGCUCCUGCCUUGAUUGGCAAAGCUGUGGCGCAGGCAGCGCAGCUGGAUGUGCCCGCUGCCUCCAGUACGCUGCAAGAGGCAGCUUCUCUUGAUGCUGACCAUCCGCUUCUUUCGGCCAACCAAGCGGUGGUCUCUGCGUUGGCGACCAACGUCCCAGCCGAGGACGUGGACAGCUGGAUGAGCGCACAUACCAAUGCUGUACCCGACUCCCACCUGGCAAGGAUGUGGGAGGAAAAGCGAGCUGCGUUGGAGGAGGCGGUGGCGUCCAUGGCAUAG